CCAUGUACCGCAUGGAGAAUGUCCCAGGAUCCAGUGGGGCCCUCUUAGACUCCAAUCAUUCUCAUUUCUUACUGGUUGAUAAUGGCACCGAAGGGAAAUACGGUGUGGAGAUUGAUUUACGGUCUAGAUUUGAAGAGGCUGUGAUGAAGGUCAAGACUGACUCUAGAUCGGCUGCAGGUACAGUAGAACAAGUGCAAACUCAAAGGUUAGGCUUAAAAGAGCUGUGUCAUGAAAUUUAUCAAAAUUUACGGUGGGAAUUGCCCCAGCAAAUAUGAAUGAAACAUGAAUGUGACGAUGCAAAACACAGGUGACCUUAGCCUUAAAUAUUAUGACAUUCGGUACUGUUGUGUAACCUUCAUAAUAUAAGGAUUUGUAUGGGGAAUAAUAAAUGUUUUUGUAACCUUUCUUAAGCUGUGUGUUUCUUCUUUCCUGUGUGGUGCCCAAACCGAAUUAUGGCCAUUCUAUAGGUUUUAUUAGAAGUAGUUUAAGUGGCCACAGAUGGGCUCGAGAACCACACUUUACAAGACUCCACCUUCCCACCUCUCCCACAAACCCAGCCAACCCAACCCUGCUAACCCCUCAUUUUGGCGGAAAUGACCAGCUCUUACUAAUUGUGGGCAGUACACAUGAGAUGGAUAGAUAUAAAGAAUUCAUAUAAACUGAACUCAACUAUAAACAUGUCUUUUUAUUGACUGCCAGAAUUGUUUUUCGCAAGAACCAUUAUGGACAGUGGUUUUAAUCUGUUUACAGGUGCGAUUGGUGUACCUGUGGUACUUUUAGUACUAGAAGGUGGACCAAACACAGUCCGUACCAUGUGUGAACUGAUUAAAAAGAAAAUCCCUGCAGUGGUG